AUGUCGACAACACCUCUCAGCAAGCCAUACAAAUCCUCUUCACGGGCAUCCAUUCCGUCUCACGCCCAUGGGCGAGAAUUGAACAGCGAGACCGAAGACCUCUACGACAAGCUUACGGAGCGCGAUGCCAGAAUCGAAGAACUGGAGGAAGAGCUGCAAGUCAUACGUCGCGAGGCGGCAAUGCGUAGCCACAAGAUUCAACAGCUUGAGAAUCACCUGGAAAAGGCGGAAUUGGAGAUACCCGCUGUUCAGAAACAUCUGGAGAGCAAAAAGGGAGAGCUGUCUCGUACGGCGGAAGACAAACGUCGGCUUCAGCUGGAAUAUGAUCGUACAGUGAAGGUGCUGGAGAACGUUACGGAUGAGAUAGAGCGGCUCAAAGAAGCUGAGGCGGAUAGAGGAAAGCCGACACUUCCACUUCAACUCAAUACCACGUUUGCGGAUACUCCUCAACUGCAUCACGAGGAGCUGGGAAUAGCAGGAACACAUUCAAAGGCAGUGUACGAGCUACAGGAUGGAUCAUCUGGAGGAUGGAGCCAUCACAGGAUUCCCUGUGAUAUCGACACACGCAUCUCCAGCUCAUUCUCCAGCGAUCGGUCGGUCGAAGCAGACCGCCCUUCGCCCAGGUCAGCUCAAGCUAGAGGAUCAAUCGCUGGUUCAGACACCCACGAGAGCUUCCCAGAAGUCCCUGUCAACGAUUGCCAACCACUUAUCUCAAGGUUGUCCUUCCAGAAUAUACAGUCCACAUCUCGCCAACCAACCUGGUCUCACUACAUCACGAUGCUCACCACCCUGCUGCUCACAACAUGGUUACUCGCUGCCUUCCUAACCAGCGUGCCG